AUGGCCGAUACUGCAGCUUUAGCAAAGAACCGAAAGCUUGAUGCUUUUCAUCAGCAUCAUAAAUUGCGUGAAGAUCUGGGCUUUAAACCAGCCCCAAGUCCGAAACUCAAAGCUGGAAGAGAUUAUCCGGCUGCCUGUCAGAACCAAAUUUGUUGUUUGGUUCCGAUAAACAGUAAGCCAGCCGAUGGAAAACCUGUCGCGGAAUUUCCUGUUUCUAGUCGAUGCAGAACCCAACAUUCUCGCUUGUUCAACAGUACUUCAGCCAAUGGAAUUGGGAAGUCUGCAGCAGACACCAAUCCAUGGGAUGUCGCUGUUACCUCCACUUUUUACCAGCCCAAAGGCCAGUCUGUUGAAGAUAACUUUGAGAGUAGUGCUCGCAGUGAUAAAGUUGAUGAGACUAUCAAACUUGUCCGGAAGGUACUAUCUGAUGUCAGGCUGGAAAAUCCCAGGAACGGUGACGGUGUUAAUGAUCACAUCAAGGCCGCCGUUUUACUCCGAGAUCAGGGAAAAUGGCUCAACACCGAAAAACGACUUGGAGCUAUCCCAGGAGUUGAAGUCGGUGACGCUUUUCAAUGUAGAGCUGAAUUGAGAGUUAUUGGCCUCCAUUGUCAGCUUUGGAGAGGCAUCGAUUAUGUAAAGAUUAAUGGAAGAACAUUAGCCACGAGCGUUGUUGAUUCCGGACGGCAUUCAAAGACUGAUUACCCAAGCUCUCCUGAUGUCUUUAUUUAUUCAGGAGAAGGUGGAAACCCAAGCACUCAGAACAUAGCAAAACCUGAAGACCAAACGCUUGAACGAGGAAACCUGGCAUUGGAGAAUAGCAUGAUGAUGAAAAACCCCAUAAGAGUUGUACGAAAGGUUAAGAAUCCCUGGGGAUCUGCCAACAAGUUUGUUUAUCAAGGCUUGUACAAGGUGGAGGACUAUAAGCUAGUGACAGGAAAAUACGGUCAACUAGUUUACGAGUUUAUAUUUAGAAGAAUGAAGCAACCGGAUAGACCUCAAGCUCAGCGGACAAGAGGGAGAAAGCCUGAGUGGCUUGACAUUUCUCAAGGAACAGAGAAAAAGACACCGAUCUCUGGAGUUAAUGCAUUGGUUGCUGAUAAACCUUGUGUUUUAAAGGAUAUUACCAAAUUAAUGAAUCCGAGGUCCGAUGGUCAAUCCAUAAGAUCAAGUGGUAGUGAUGGACGCUCAGAUUCGUGCAAAAUCAAGAACCCUAGGUCAAUCCCAAGGGUUCCUUCUUGCAAACGCUUUGGAUCUUGCCUUAACAGACUGAGCCAACACCAAUUCCAGCACAAACGAGAAAGGUGACGAGGAUUCUUGGGGGUUAGAUCAAGGUCUUUCAUCCCUUACAGGGAGUUUUGUUUAAGUUCCAAAAGGGCUUCGGAAGACCUGUUAAGUACUUAGUGAAGAGAACAACAAUUACAAUUUCAACAUCCAGUAAGAAUAUUUAUUUCUUAUUUAU